GCACCGCCUGCCCCGGAAGCGGUCGCCUCGCGGUGCGGCUGGGCGCUAAGAUGGCGGCGGCGUGAGUUGCAUGUUGUGUGAGGAUCCCGGGGCCGCCGCGUCGCUCCGGCCCUGCCAUGGCCGUCACCAUUACGCUCAAAACGCUGCAGCAGCAGACCUUCAAAAUCCGCAUGGAGCCUGACGAGACGGUGAAGGUGCUAAAGGAAAAGAUAGAAGCUGAGAAGGGUCGUGAUGCCUUUCCUGUGGCUGGACAGAAACUCAUUUAUGCUGGCAAGAUCCUGAGUGAUGACGUUCCCAUCAGGGACUAUCGCAUUGAUGAGAAGAACUUUGUGGUUGUUAUGGUGACCAAGGCCAAAACUAGCCCAGGCACCUCAGUACCCCCAGAGGCCUCACCCACUGCUGCCCCGGAGUCCUCCACAUCCUUCCCUCCGGCCCCUGCCUCAGGCAUGUCCCAUCCCCCACCUACUGCCAGAGAGGACAAGAGCCCAUCGGAGGAAUCAGUCCCCACGACAUCCCCGGAGUCCGUGUCAGGCUCUGUUCCCUCUUCAGGUAGCAGUGGGCGAGAGGAAGACGCGGCAUCCACGCUAGUGACUGGUUCUGAGUAUGAGACGAUGCUGACAGAGAUCAUGUCCAUGGGCUAUGAGCGGGAGCGGGUCGUGGCCGCCCUGAGAGCCAGCUACAACAACCCCCACCGAGCCGUGGAGUAUCUACUCACGGGAAUUCCUGGGAGCCCCGAGCCAGAACAUGGUUCUGUCCAGGAGAGCCAGGUGUCGGAGCAGCCAGCCACAGAAGGAGCAGGAGAGAACCCCCUGGAGUUCCUGCGGGACCAGCCCCAGUUCCAGAACAUGCGGCAGGUGAUUCAGCAGAACCCAGCUCUGCUGCCUGCCCUGCUCCAGCAGCUGGGCCAAGAGAAUCCUCAGCUUUUGCAGCAAAUUAGCCGGCACCAGGAGCAGUUCAUCCAGAUGCUGAAUGAGCCCCCCGGGGAGCUGGCAGACAUCUCUGAUGUGGAGGGUGAGGGGGGCGCCAUAGGUGAGGAGGCCCCGCAGAUGAACUACAUCCAGGUGACACCACAGGAGAAAGAAGCUAUAGAGAGGUUGAAAGCCCUGGGCUUCCCGGAGAGCCUGGUGAUCCAGGCCUACUUCGCUUGCGAAAAAAACGAGAACCUGGCUGCCAACUUCCUCCUGAGUCAGAACUUUGAUGACGAGUGAUGCAGGGAGGCCAGGCCGCCCCCCCAACCUCCCCAUCCCCCAACUCCACAAAAGUUUUAUAAAAGAAAAAAAUAUAUAUA